AUGGACGUACCAGCAAAAGGAAACGUUUUAGGGCGCGUCGUACCAGCCCGGUACAUAUUAGCCAUCCUAGGUUCCAUAGGGAUGGCCAUAGUUUACGGUCUAAAGGUCAACCUCUCUGUGGCUAUGGUGGGAAUGCUCAAUCACACUGCCAUCAAACUCGCUGCUCACGACGAGCCCCACCUUGCCGCGUCUGCUCAACCCUCCGAGUUAGAAUGCCAGCCUACAAGCAAUUCCAGCAGUGCUAAGGACGCUGAUGGGCCAUUCCUGUGGUCGUCCGAAGUGCAGGGAAUCGUCCUCAGCUGUUACUUCUGGGGAUAUUUUGUUUCACAAAUUCCUGGUGGGCGAGUAGCCGAACUAUUCUCUGCCAAAUGGGUGAUGUUCUUCAGCGUUACCAUCAACGUGGUGUGCACUCUUUUAACUCCACUUAUGGCGGAAGCACAUUACAUUGCUGCUGUCUUGAUGCGGGUCGGAGAGGGCAUCGGUGGGGGUGUAACAUUUCCCGCGAUGCAUGUGCUGCUGUCGAAAUGGGCUCCGCCGGCCGAGCGGAGCGUGAUGGCGUCUCUUGUGUACGCGGGUACUUCGCUGGGAACCGUUAUAUCCAUGCUCAUGGCUGGCGUUCUGACUGCGACUCUUGGAUGGGAAAGUGUGUUCUACGUGAUGGGCGGCUUAUCCGCUAUCUGGUGCAUCCUGUGGGUCUUCCUCAUCAAAGAUUCACCAGCGGAACAGCCCUUGAUUAGUCAAGAAGAAAGGGACCUCAUAAUCACUUCGCUUGGUGGAAAAGCUGACGAUCACUCCUCGAAUAAGAAAAUGUCCGUACCCUGGAAAAAGGUGUUCACAUCAGGACCCUUCCUGGCCAUAGUGGUGGCGCACGCAUGUUCCAACUGGGGCUGGUACAUGUUACUCAUUGAACUGCCCUUCUACAUGAAGCAAGUGCUUAAGUUCAAUAUGACGGAGAAUGCAGUGACGACGGCUCUUCCAUUUUUGUCGCUCUGGUUCUUUAGCAUGGCGCUCAGCAAAACUCUGGAUUGGUUGCGGGGCAAAGGAUACAUCACUACCACCACUGCUAGGAAGAUUGGUACUCUAUUUGGUCAUUAG